AUGAUAGAGCGUCUGAUGGAAUAUAUGUAAAAGAAGAGCAGAUUUCAGAAAAUGAAAGUAAAAAAGAGAGUAUCCACCGUGACUUUCGCUGUGAUCAGUGCGAAUAUAGUGCUGUGUCAGCAACUCAGUUGAGUCAACAUCAGAGGUGUCACACAGGAGAUAGACCUUACAUCUGCGAUAUUUGCGGAUUUGCUUUCACACAGAAGGGUAACUUGACUCGUCACUAUAAAACUCACACCAAUGAAAAACCUUUUAAAUGUAGCGUAUGCCCAUAUGAAGCAAGACGACGAGAUGCACUGCUGGCUCAUAUGGUAACACAUACAGAGGACAAACGAUACGUCUGUGAAUUGUGUAGUACUGGGUAUAAGCAAAAAGCCUCGCUUCGAGAACACAUGAAGAAAUGUGGACACAGUAGUAUGACAUAUCAUAAAGGUCUGGCACUCUUUGACAAAGAGCACAAAAAGAGGAAAAGCAGCACUCCAAUGAGAAACCCUGGUGUGUAG